AUCAAACUAUGAUAAGGGUAUCGUCAGUGAAACCGACUGCUUUCUUUCCUUCUUCCACCUCUCUCUCUCUGUCUCUGUCUCUCUCUCUCUCUCCAUGUCAUGGCUGCAUUUCGUCUCCUCUUCCUUCUUCUUCUCUCGUUUGUCUUCGCUUCCUUCACUACAGAUGCUCAGUCUCCUGGCUUUAUAAGCAUAGAUUGUGGUGGAACAGAAAAAUAUACUGAUGAAAUUGGGCUUGAGUGGAUUCCAGAUAAUAACUUUAGUUAUGGUGAAAUAGCAAAUAUUUCUGUGGCAGGUGAGAGCCGGAAGCAGUAUCAGACACUCAGACAUUUCCCUCCAGAUGAUAGAAAGUAUUGUUAUAUAUUAAGUGUUAAAUCUAGAAUUCGGUAUCUUGUAAGAGCGACUUUUUUGUAUGGGCUUUUCGACAGUAGUAGUGUCUUUCCAAAGUUUGACAUCUCAAUUGGGCCAACUCACUGGUCAACAGUUGUCAUCUCUGAUGCCAACACUACAGAAAUCCGGGAAGCAAUCUUGUUGGCCAAUUCAGAUUCAAUUAGUGUUUGCCUAUCUAAUGCUUCUACUGGAGUUCCAUUCAUCUCUACGCUAGAGCUUCGGCAGUUUAAUGAUUCAAUGUACUAUACCAACUUUGAAACUCAGUAUUUUCUUAGUGUUUCAGCAAGAAUUAAUUUUGGGACUGAUGACACAACACCUGUCAGAUAUCCUGAUGAUCCAUUUGAUAGAAUAUGGAUAUCGGACUCAUUAAGGCGGGCAAAUUUUCUCGUUGAUGUUGCUACUGGAACAUACAAAGUGUCAACCAGAAGGCCUGUAUAUGUGAAUAGAAAUGAGAGACCGCCAGAAAAAGUGAUGCAAUCAGCAGUAGUUGGUCAGAAUGGGACAUUAUCUUAUCGACUGAACUUGGACGGUUUCCCUGGUUCUGGUUGGGCCUUCUGUUACUUUGCUGAACUUGAAGAUUUGGGUCCAAAUGAGACCAGGAAAUUCAGGCUCAUGAUUCCAGGCAUGUCUGAGUACAGCAAAGCCAGCGUAAAUGUUCAAGAAAAUGCUCAAGGCAGGUUCAGGUUAUAUGAACCGGGAUACCCGAACAUAUCAUUUCCUUUUACUUUGUCAUUUGAAUUUGUCAAGACAAUUGAUUCGACCAGGGGGCCUAUCUUAAACGCUUUUGAGAUAAACAAAUAUGUACAGAUUAGUGCUGGUUCUCAAGAUGCGUCAAAUGCUGCUACGUUAUGUUCACAUUAUCCACUAGCUACUUGGGCACAAGAAGGUGGUGAUCCAUGCUUACCAGUUCCAUGGUCAUGGGUGAAAUGUACCUCCGAUCAACAGCCAAGGAUAGUUGCAGUUUAUUUAUCUGGAAAAAAUCUGACGGGGAAUGUUCCUUCAGAGUUGUCAACUUUGACUGGCAUAACUGAACUGUGGCUCGAUAACAACUCAUUCACUGGUCCAAUACCAGACUUAAGUGGAUGCAUCAAUUUGAAGAUCAUUCAUCUCGAGAACAACUUCUUUACUGGUGAAGUCCCUGCAUUCUUGGCAGCAUUACCAAACCUUAGUGAAUUAUACUUGCAGAAUAAUAUGCUGUCUGGAGUGGUGCCUCGUGAUCUGCUUCAUAAGAAUAUUGUACUGAACUAUUCUGGAAAUACAAAUCUUCAUAGAGAAGGAGAUCAGAAAGUCAAACUUAUUAUCGGUGUUGUCAUUGGGCUAUUCUUUCUUCUUAUUACUGCAAUGUUUAUAUAUUGCUGCCUCUUAUGUGCUCGAGGUGAAAAGAAGAAAACUGGGAAAGUUGAACUUGUUGAACAAAUGGUUGCAGCACCUUCACUUCCUGCAGUGCCUUCUCUUCCUGCACCUCCCUCAGAUAAGGCAGUUUCAGUGUUCAGUGAUGCUGCCACAGAAGGAUCACAUUGUUUCACACUGGCUGAAAUUGAGACUGCAACUGGCAAGUUUGUAAAGAAAGUAGGUUCUGGUGGAUUUGGAUCUGUGUUCUAUGGCAAGCUAAAUGAUGGAAAGGAAAUAGCUGUCAAAGUCCUAUCAGCUAAUUCCUAUCAAGGGAAAAGAGAAUUCUCAAAUGAGGUCUCCCUGCUCUCCAGGAUUCAUCACAGAAAUCUUGUUGCAUUUCUUGGAUACUGUCAAGAAGAAGGGAAGAGCAUCCUUGUUUAUGAGUUUAUGCACAAUGGGACCCUGAAGGAACAUUUAUAUGGACCUUUGACUCAGGAAAAGUCUGUUAGUUGGACCAAGCGUCUUGAGAUAGCUCAGGAUGCAGCGAAAGGCAUAGAAUACCUACAUACAGGAUGUGUUCCAACCAUAAUCCAUAGGGAUUUGAAAACUAGCAACAUACUUCUUGACAAGAAUAUGAGGGCUAAGGUCUCAGAUUUUGGGCUAUCAAAAGUUGCAAUAGAUGGAUCUACGCAUGUCUCAAGCAUUGUACGAGGGACUGUUGGCUACUUGGACCCUGAGUAUUACAUCUCUCAACAGUUAACAGAGAAAAGUGACGUUUAUAGCUUUGGUGUCAUUCUCUUGGAGCUGAUUUCAGGACAAGAAGCCAUCUCAAACGAUAGCUUUGGUGCCAAUUGUCGGAAUAUAGUCCAAUGGGCAAAGUUGCACAUAGAAAGUGGAGAUAUACAGCAAAUAAUUGAUCCAUCGCUGCAUGGUGAAUUUGAUAUUCAAUCAGUGUGGAAGAUUGCAGAAAAAGCAAUGAUGUGUGUACAGCCACAUGGGAGGUUCAGACCAACAAUAUCUGAAGUACUUAAAGAGAUACAGGAAGCAAUUUCCAUUGAGACAGGAGGAUCAGGUUCUGGGGGAGAAGAUGACUUUGAUAUGCUGUCAAGGAACUCCAGGCAUUCAUCCAUCAACGUAAGUCCUCUUGAGUUAGCUGUGUCUGACUCAUACUUGUUACUCGAUGAGUCAGUUGUCUUGCCAACAGCCAGAUAGUUGACUUGCCUAGAAGUACUUUCUGGAGACGAUCUGGGUUACCAUCAUCAUCGUAUUAUACGAGUGGGAAGAGCUGCACAACUCAACGAAGUAGAUCUACUGUAUCUCUGGUGGGAAAUCGUCUCUUAAAGAUUGUUGAAGAAGCUGUUGCUUGUGUUGGCCUAAGGAUGAAGAUUUAGGAUGCCAAAGCCUUUGUUUUUCAAACUCCCCCUGUUAAGGGUUUCUUGCCAUGGUAAAUCCAUCGAGUCCUGAUUGUUGAAUAUAUCAUUUUCUUAUAUUUUUUUGGUCACUUUUCAUUAUUUUCCCCUGUUUGGGUGUCUUGUCUAUGGUUCCAUUGAGUGAUGUAUAUUGAUGAUUGCCUAAAAUAUGUUGAAAAAAAUAUUAGGUCA